CAAGCUCUCAACUUUAGCCUCGACGCCGCCCAACGGAACCGCGCCGACGAGUUUCUCCGGUCGCCGGGAAACAAGGUCUUGAGGCACUACUUCUUCGGCUCUGAGGAACUCCUCCGGUAGUUCUCUUUGUGCUGGUGCAGGUCCAUGAUGGGGUUUUCGUUGUUCCCGAUGAAGACCUCGACGCGCCUCCUCUGGAGUACUAGCUUUUUUCGCCACAAGUUCUUCUGACGAUCGAAUCUCAAGCUUUCUCGAUCUCUAAUCUUUAAGUAUAUAUAAAACUCUCGAUCUUUAUAUAUAAAGUGAUCUUCUUGGUGUCCUGAAUGAUGGAUUCUGGAGGGCGUUUGAUCUUUGACUCCUCGACUGAUAGUCAUGGCCGGAUGUUGAUUCUUGGCGGAGGAUCUCAGAUCUUUCAUGCCGGAGUGGAUGAUGGGGUGGGGAAACGGCAACGCCCGUUCUUCACCUUGCCGGAUGAGCUCUUGGAAGAAGAGUACUACGACGAGCAGCUGCCGGAGAAGAAGCGCCGCCUCACCCCCGAACAGGUGCGGUUGCUGGAGCGGAGCUUUGAGGCGGAGAACAAGCUGGAGCCCGAGAGGAAGACGGAGCUUGCGCGGCAGCUCGGCCUGCAGCCUCGGCAAGUGGCCGUGUGGUUCCAGAACAGGCGGGCUCGGUGGAAGACCAAGCAACUGGAGCGUGACUUUGAUCGGCUCAAGGCCUCGUAUGACUCGCUGCUUGCCGACCGUGAUGCGCUCCGGCAGGACAAUGAGCGGCUCCGCUCUCAGGUGGCGACACUGUCGGAGAAGUUGCAGGGGAAGGAGGUAGCACCAGGGAUUGUAGAUGUAAAACAAGAUGUGCAUGCUGCAGAAAUCAUAGAAGAGAAAGUACCAGUGAAGGCGGAGGACCGGCUGAGCAUCGGAAGUGGUGGCAGUGCUGUGGUGGAUGGCGAGCGAAAUCAGCUGGUUGACAGCAGCGGUGAGUCCUACUUCCAUGAUGAAUACCAGGGAGGAUGCUGCAUUGUUGGCGAAGAAGAUGAUGGCAGUGAUGAUGGCUGCAGCUACGCCGUCUUCGCUAAUCAACACCACCCGGAGCCGGACCCUGACCAGCUUGGCUGGUGUUUUUUCUGGAACUGAAGGCUACUAAGUUGAGGAUUAGUUGUUGAUUAUGUAUUAUGUAUUGCAGAUGUAGUGUAUGAGUUGUGAGAAUAAGUGCUCCGAAGAGAAAAAAAACCCUUUUCAUGCACUUGGCUUUUAUUAUUGCCAGUAAAUAUAAGAGAGUUGAUGAUA